ACUGCCAAGUGAAUAAGAGUGUCUUUCCAGAGUCAUAGGCAACCCAGGAGGAAGGGGAAGGAGAUGGAAGAGAAGGACCCUGAAGGCCCUGGAACUGGCAAGGCAUCAAGGAUAGGUCCCCAUCCCAUUCAAGCAGGGAGUGGUGCUGAAUUCUGGGAAAAAGCUGUGUCAGAGAUCUUGGUUCAGGACACUGUGACCUCAGAUGUAAGCAGCCGAAGCUUCCGGCAGUUCUGUUACCAUGAGGCUGAUGGGCCCCGAGAAGUCUGCAGCCGGCUCCAUGGACUUUGUAAGGACUGGCUGGAGCCAGAGAGACACACCAAGAAGCAGAUUCUGGACCUGGUGAUCCUGGAGCAGUUCCUGGCCAUCCUACCCCAGGAAGUGCAGGGCUGGGUGAGAGGAUGUGGGCCAGAAACCAGUUCCCAGGCAGUGGCCCUGGCCGAAGGUUUCCUCCUGAGUCAAGCAGAGGAGAAGAGGCAGGCACAGCAGAUGUGGGGAGGAUCCAUGAAGGUGGAAGUGAAGUUCUCUGAGGCAGAAGGAGCUCCAUCAGAGGCAGGUCAGAGGGCACAGGCCCAGGAGCAUGCCCAAGAGACCCUGUCAAGUGGCAGUGAAGAGAUGUUGUCGAGCUGUUUUCUUUGCAGAGAAGUGGGAAUGGUUGCUCAACCUCUGGUCCAGUCUCCAUUUUCCUUUGAGGAGGUGGCUGUGUAUUUCACCAUGGUGGAAUGGGCCCUGCUGGAUCUGGGCCAAAAAGCUCUCUAUAGGGAAGUCAUGCUGGAGAACUAUGAAAGUGUGGCUUUUCUGGCAGCAAAUAUAGAGGAGACAGCUGGGGAAUUCCAAGGGUUCUCUUUGGAGAAAGUCAAGAAUGAAGAUGCUGAAGAAAACUUUGGAAAUGGACCACAGAGGCAGGAGGAAAGCCAUGCAGCAGGAGAUGAUCAGAGGAAUGAGGAGAAUGACAAACCCUAUCAUCUAUUGCCUGAGGAAGUCAAGAAGGAAGAUGUGAGAAGAAAUGUCAGGAUUCAAGGCAGACUGAAGAGUCACAAAGUCAGUCGCGAGGGGAUGAAGAGGGAUGAAUCCAUUCCUUGCCGAAAAGGGGAUUUCCAAGAAGUAAUUCACAUGUUGGAGGAAACAUUCAGAUGUUUGGAAUGCGGAAUGAACUUCUCAGAUCAAAUGCAAUAUAAUGUCCAUUUCAGAAUGCACAGUGGAAAAAAGAUCCAUCAAUGUCUGGAGUGUGGAAAGGCCAUGAUUUGCAGAGCAGAGUUCCUUAGACAUCAAAGAACACACAGAGGAGAGAAACCUUCUAGCUGCUCAGACUAUGGUAAGAACUUCUCAGAGAAAUCAGACCUUGUUCAACACCAAAGAAUUCCUACAAGACGGAAGCCUUUCAUCUGUUCAGAGAGUGAAAAGAUGUUCUUGCAUGGAAAAAGUAAUACGCCUUUUCCAAAGCACAGUAUAAUGAAUGCAUGCCAGUGCUUUCAGUGUGAAAAGUACUUCAGAUACAAAUCACAAUUCCUUGUACACCAAAGGAUCCACAGACUGGGGAAACCUUUUGAAUGUUCAGAGUGUGGAAAGAAAUUCAAUCAGAAUUUUCUUCUUAUACAACAUCAAAAAACCCACACAGGGGAGAAGCCUUUUGAAUGCUCAGAGUGUGGGAAGAGAUUCAGGGACAGUAGCAGUCUUCAAAAACAUAUAAGAAUCCAUACAGGGGAGAAGCCUUUUGAAUGCAUAGAGUGUGGGAAGAGAUUCAGUCACAGUAGCAAUCUUCAAAAACAUCUAAGAAUCCAUACAGGGGAGAAGCCUUUUGAAUGCUCAGAGUGUGGAAAGAGAUUCAGUCAGAGUGGCCAUCUUCAACAGCAUCAAAGAACCCACACAGGGGAGAAGCCUUUUGAAUGCUCAGAAUGUGGGAAGAGAUUCAGUCGGAGUGGCCAUCUUCAACAGCAUCAAAGAACCCAGACAGAGGAGAAGACUUUUGAAUGCUCAGAGUGUGGGAAGGGAUUCAGGGACAGUAGCAGUCUUCAAAAACAUCUAAGAAUCCAUACAGGAGAGAAGCCUUUUGAAUGCUCAGAGUGUGGGAAGAGAUUCAGCAACAGUAGCAAUCUUCAAAAACAUCUAAGAAUCCAUACAGGGGAGAAGCCUUUUCAAUGCUCAGAGUGUGGGAAGAGAUUCAGUCAAAGUGGAAAUCUUCAACAGCAUCAGAGAACCCACACAGGGGAGAAGCCUUUUGAAUGCUUAAAGUGUGGGAAAAGAUUCAGUCGAAGUGGCCAUCUUCAACAGCAUCAAAGAACCCAGACAGGGGAGAAGACUUUUGAAUGCUCAGAGUGUGGGAAGAGAUUCAGUCGGAGUGACCAUCUUCAACAGCAUCAAAGAACCCACACAGGGGAGAAGACUUUUGAAUGCUCACAGUGUGGAAAGACUUUCAGUCGGAGUGACCAUCUUCAACAGCAUCUAAGAACCCACACAGGGGAGAAGACUUUUGAAUGCUCACAGUGUGGAAAGAGAUUCAGUCGGAGUGACCAUCUUCAACAGCAUCAAAGAACCCACACAGGGGAGAAGCCUUUUGAAUGCUCAGAGUGUGGGAAAGGAUUCAGUCGGACUGACCAUCUUCAACAGCAUCAAAAAACCCACACAGGGGAGAAGAAAUUUGAAUGCUCAGAGUGUGGGAAGGGAUUCAGUCACAGUCAGCAUCUUCAAAGUCAUCUCAAAACCCAUAGAGUGGGGAAGCCUUUUGAUUGCUCAGAGUGUGGGAAGAGAUUCAGUCGGAGUGACCAUCUUCAAAGUCAUCAAAGAACCCACACAGGGGAGAAGCCUUUUGAAUGCUCAGAAUGUGGGAAGAGAUUCAGUCACAGUAGCAGUCUUCAAAAACAUAUAACAAUCCAUACAGGGGAGAAGCCUUUUGAAUGCUCAGACUGUGGGAAGAGAUUUAGUCGGAGUGGCUAUCUUCAUCAGCAUCAAAGAACCCACACAGGGGAGAAGCCUUUUGAAUGUUCAGAAUGUGGGAAGAGAUUCAGUCACAGUGGCCAUCUGCAAAGUCAUCUCAAAACCCACACAGGGGAGAAGCCCUUUGAAUGCUCAAAAUGUGGGAAAAAUUUCAGUGACAGAAGCACCCUUCACCAGCAUCAGAGAAUCCAUACAGGGGAGAAGUCUUUUGAAUGCUCAGAGUGUGGGAAGAAAUUCAGUCGGAGUAGCCAUCUUCAAAAGCAUCAAGGAAUCCACAGUGGGCAAAAAUCUUUUGAACAGAAAUUCAGUCAGCAUUGUUAUGUUCAACAACAUCUAAGAACACACACAGAGAUAAACCAUGUAACUUCUUAGUCUAGGAAGGCACAUUGAACUCAAUUGUUACUCGGAUAUGACAUGAAUUUUAUAGACAUUUCUUCCAGAAUAGAUUUGUUCACAGAUGUAUGUUGUUCCAAAACUAGACAGACUUUUAGAAGCUAAAGUUUGGUUGUAAUUUGAAUCCAAAACCUGGUAAGAUUU